CGCCAUCUGUAAUCAACAAAACAAACAUAAGACCGCGUUUAGAUAAGAACCCGCCGACGAAAUGAGAUUGAUGACCUAGUUACCUCGCCUAUUAAAAAUAGCGUUCUACAAUAGCUCAAUCACUAUUUUUAGUGCGUAUCAGUGAAGAUCCGAGUGUACAACCUUAUCUCAACCAAACGAAGGUGCCAUGAGCUGAAGGACUCAGUGUAACAGAAGCUACCGACGGCGCAACCGCCAGUCACAAAAUCGAUAUUCGGAAACAGUGCACGCUGGUAUCUCGCGAGGAUUAGUGCUUUCGGUUGUCUAUUGUUACAUUUUUAGUAUAGUAAACAAGGGAUCAUGUUAUAAGUUAAAGUUAUUGUUAAAUUAUUCAAUAAUUAUGGAGGUGAAACGUUACAUACGGAACGAUUCGGCGAGCUGCGCCCAUAUGGUCGAAGAAAGCACCGCGAACAAUAGAAAGAUAUCUGACCCCCACGAGAAACUCAAGGCUUUGUUGAACUCUCCUGAGGAUGAUACAGAUGACACCCUGCCUCCGUCUGAUGCUCCGAAGUUCGGGACAGUCAUCCACAACAGAAUCUUCGUCGGUGGCUUUUCGUUGACGACAACUGAUGAGGAUUUGUGGAAGUUCUUCUCCGGGUUCGCAACAGUGACAGCUGCUAGAGUGAUCUACGACAGAGCUGGUGUCUCCAAGUGCUAUGGGUUCGUCACCUUCGCCAGUCCCCGGGUCGCCAGAUUGAUAGUGAAACAGAGUGGAGGCGUGAUGUUUUCGCCGCUCGGUCGCUUGCGGGUGGCUCAGGCUGUCAGGAAACAGAUAAGCCAAAUCCCGAUGCUGGCGUCGGAGGCAGCUCCCUUGCAGGCGCCGCUCUGCUACCAGCUGAUCUGCCCCCCUCUGGCGCCACCCCUCACCUGCACCCCUUGCGAGCUACCGCCGCCACCGUACGCCGUCUACCCUCUACCUUUUGACACAACGCCUGCAAUAUACGCUCCACCGACGCAAUACGCGCUGCUGCCCGCUCCAUACAGCGCCGCAUGCUGCGAGCCGGCAUGCUGCGCACCCCUCGACAAGCAGCCCCGCGUGCCAGCGCCGCCCCUCCACCCCGCAUUCAUCUACUAGCCCAGUAACACGGGUCAGUUACUAGCCCAAUACCCAGUGAUACACUACGCCAGUUACUAGUGUUACAGCGGACCAGAUGCUAAUGUUACAACGAGCAAGUUACUAGCUGAGUAAUAAGUGUUACAUUGGGACAGUUGCUAGGUAAUGAACAUGCAGUUUUACUAGCUGAGUAAUAAAUAUCACAUUGGCACAGUCACUAUGUAAUGGACUAGUGUUAUGUAAGGCCAGAUACUGGUUAAGUAAUUAGUGUUACAUUGGAACAGUCACUAUCUAACUAACAAAUGUUGUCAGUAACUAGCUGAGUAAUAAAUGUUACAUUGACACAGUCACUAUUUAAUAGACUAGCGUUAUGUUUUGCCAGAUACUAUCUGAGUAAUAAGUGUUACAUUAGGACAGUCGCUAUCUUAAUAUCAAGCGUUACAUCCCGCAUUACUAGCUGAAUAAUGUGUAACAUUGAGACAGUCAUUAGCUAAUCAAUAAGUGAUAAAGUGCCAUAAACGUAUCUAAAACGUAGCCAAAACUGAAACUUACGUAACGGUUGCAAUUUUGCAAGACAUUAUACUAAAAGCGCGACAACAGAGAAACCAUUUCUAGAUAAGUUUAAGGCACUAUACGUUCAGCUAGUUACUAACUGAGUUAUAAGUGUUACAAUAAGAUAGUCACUGGCUAAUAAACAUCAGACCAGUUAUUAUCUGAGUAAUAAGUGUUGCAUUGGCACAGACACUAAAUUAGCCAGUAUUACAUUCGGCGAGUUACGAGCUGAAUAAUAAGUGUUACUUAUAGUCACUAGCUAAUUAACAAGUGUUACGUUCGGCCAGUUACUAGCUGAGUAAUAAGUAUUAGAUGAGACCAGUUACUAGCAAUGUAACCAGUUACUAGCACAGUAAUUAAUGUCAGGCCAGGUUCAGCUACAGUACUACUUUAACAUUGGCUAGUGUGUUCUUUGGAGUUAUUAACUGACUCAAUAUAAAUUUAAAACUUACUUUAACUUCAGUUAGACUAAGAUACUUUGGUCACAAAAAUAUUAUGUGAUUUGUAUUUCGUAAUUAAUUUAAGAUUUUUAAUUUAAGAUAAUAAUCAACGAAUGCGUCGUUAGAUAAAUUGAGUAAAGAAUUUUGUUUGGAUAAAAUCAUUGUCAUUCAUAAUUUAUUAAUAAAAGAAAUGUAUUUCUAAAAACUACAGCGAUUUCGAAAUUGCGAAGUUAUUCAUUUAAUGUUUAAUAAUUAUGAUUUGUGUAAUUGCAUUGAGUGCUGCUUUUUCGACCUUUUAAAGAAUAUUUGCCAUAUAUUUCCAAUAUGAUUACAAACUGUGUUAGGAGUGGGUACAACAGUACUCCAGCGGGCGGGGAUCGAACCCAUGACCUCUCGACAUGAGUCCGGUCCCCUUACCGUUGAGCUAUAAAGCCAUUGGAGAUAUAUUUUUAGAUUUUUCAGCGAAACCAUUCCUUUUGCUCGUGUCUUCCAAUCUUUAUUGUGCUCAAACACCUUUUUUUUGGUAUUUAAAUAUCACUAUUUCUGUAAAUAUAUACCUUAUUUAUAUAAAGAAAGUUUCUGUUCUCGAAAAAAUUACAAUUAAAAAUUAUUAAAAAAACCUAAUCUUAAGUAAAAUUUUGUAAAAAUUUAUUUUUUUAUAAAUGGAAAAAAUAUAUAUUUUUUGUUAGUUAUGGUAUUUUUUGUUGUAUAUUUUAUGUGCAAUGAAAUAAUACGAAGGAAAUAAAUAAAAAAAAUAUUCUAAUAAACCGAUUGCAACGUGAGCUACCAAAUUAAAUUUUGUGAUUUCCAUGAUUUAUUUAAUUUUCUAAAAGUCAUUGAUUUGAGUGCAAACAAAAACUCUCUUUAUAUAAAUGAAGUCUUUAAUUUUCGUGUAUGUGGGACAUUCGGCGGUUGAUGUGAUGGUCGUGGUUCGUAUAGUGAUGCAAAGAAGUGUUCAAGUGUUAGACUCUUUGGGUGUGUUUUUGACAAUUUUGUCUAUAUCUGGUUGUAUCUAUAUCUUAGAUGAGUAAAGAUAAUUAUUAUUAUAAUGGUAUACAAUAAAUUAGCUUCACAGUACAUAAUCAUAAGGAGAAUAGAUUAUGAAUUUGCGUGCUAUCAUUGUUUUAAGUGUAUUGGAUCUAUCGGGAUGUGUUGUAUUUUUGAGCGAUUGAUCUAUUGAAUAGAUGUAGGUUUUAUUUUGGGAAAGUACAUUAUUAUUUUGCCAUUGCAAAAUAAAUCAUUGCUAUGGUUUUUUUGUAUCUCCUGACAAAUGUACUACUUUUUGUCACUACACACAAAAAUACACUGAGCAUCUUAUUCAUCAAUGGAUUUUAAUCGAAAAAAUAUAACACGCCUUGAUUAAAUUUAACAAUUCUUGUAUAAAAUAUAUGGAAUAAAUGGGAAUGAGCUAUGUAUGUCCAACGAAAUAUAUCACAAGAUAAAUAUGUUGCUAGUUAUUUAGAUUUUAACCCAGUUCACAUGUAUAUAGUAUUCCAGUCCAGCGGUUCAAAUUUGACUGUUAAAUUUUUAGUUUUUGUCUUUUUGCGUCACGGUUGAUUUAGGUAGGUAUAUUUUAUUUUCAUGUAAUUUAAUAAAACUCCUUGUUUGAGUUUUUUAAGGUAGGUACUAAAGCGGCACCAUGAAAACGAUUGGCAGAAUUUAUGAAUACUUGUAUAAUAAUUAUAUUCUUGAUAUUUGAAAUAGAAACAAGGGAUACUUAGAAAAAUUCCGUUAUGAAAAUGAAAAAUGAUAAUUUGUAAUUAUAAUUAAAGACAUGGUAGAGUUAAUAACUGGGGAUGAUUUUGUAACAAAGUUAGUAAAGUUUUUUUCGGAUCGUAAUGUCGUAAAAAACAAGUCAACUCAUUGCUUUUUACUAUUUUCCACAAAAAUAUUUCAUUAUUUAUCGUAAAGUUUACAAUUAUUGCUAGUGGAUAGCUGGACUGGAGCAAUGUGAACCGGGCAUUAUUAUAAUUGAUACCUCAAAAAAGACAUUAGUGAAUAUAACUUGUUAUCCUUGUAAAGGAGUACUAUAACUGUUCAUCAACAGUGGUAUGGUUAUAUACACCAAACUUACAGAAACUAGAAGAAUUGGUACUUUUACUUAAUUUAAACCUUUAUUUGGUUCAAACAUUUUCAAAUAUCUCUGAAAUAUUUCGCCAUUAUUGAGAUCUUUCUUCCCAGUUGUUGAAAAUUAUUAUUUUCAGUUGUUACAAUGUAGGAGCUAUUAUUCCCAAUUGUUACAAUUUGUGAGCUAUUAUUACCAGUUGUGACAAUUUGAGGACUAUUAUUCUCAGUUGUGACAAUUAAAAAGUUAUGCCCUAAUUGUCAAAGACCCCAAACAUGUAGCAAAUUCAAUUAAUUAUUUAACUUAUUCCUAAGAUGCAGGACCUAAAGAUAUAUUUAUUAACCCAACGAUUUUGUAGAAUCUAUAUGAUUUUGUAGAACAAUACAACUGAGAAAUGAUUUUAUUACGAUGAAGAUAAGAUAUAUAAAAUGUUGUCAAGAAUGUGAUACGGCAUGAUUGUUAACUCAUUUCUCUUCUAGAUUAUAGAUAUAAGCUUAUCGCACAUUGCAUUUUGAGGCGCAAGCUAAACGCACAUAAAUAAUUAUGAGAACUGUUAUAACUGAUAUCGUUAAUAUUUAUUAUUAUUUAAAAAUUCAUUUAAAGUGAAACUUCUUACUGGCGAUUUGAUAAUAACAAUUGAAUGAGAAUCAAGAGUGGAGUGAUUUCAAGUGUGAGUCACGUUUAAGUAAUUUUUGUUAUAUGAAAGAACUUUUGAAGAAAAUUAAUGAUUUUUACAGUUAAAUUCACUGGUAAAGAUUUUUAAUAAACUUACAAAUACCUUUGUAUUUUAUUAAUUUUAACAUAAAGUAGAAUAUAAUAAUAAUAAUUAUUAUAAACAAGAUGAAUAGAAGUUUCAUUUCUAUCACAAUGUACGUUGCAGCAUGCGCAAUUUUUUAUUAUUAGUUACAUCAAAUUCUACGAUGUAUCAAAUAAUAGUUAAUAAUCUACAUGGAAAACAGCUAUGUUUACGAUUCAAGACUUUUAACGCCUGCAACUUGAAAACCGCAGGCGACUAGUUUUUAUAUGUGCGAUUAGCAUUAUUAUAUUUUAUUUUAUUCUUAUUAAAAAAUAAAUGUUCGGCACAAUUGAAAAAGAGUCAUUAAACAAUAAAAUAGGACCAAUAAGCAACGCGAUUUACAUAGGUUGCCCUGUUCAACAAUUUUUAAAAUAUUUUUGUUAAAUAUAAAACUCGUUAAUCAUUUAGAAAUCAUUAACUUAGAACAUAAUAAUUAUAGCAGUAUAUUUUAUAUCAGUUUUUGCAUAAGAUAAUAUAGUAAUAUUAUUAUUAUCCUAAAUAUAAUAAUUAUUAAUGUUGUUGUAACUCUUCUGUGUGCUAUCAAAGUCUAGCCUGCUAAAUAUGUAUUUAGAUAUACUAGAUUAGCUGCGGGCAAAGUCCACAGGAUAGGCAAAGUGUACAUUGCCCGGACCUACCCAGAUGCACGGAGACUAUGAACAAAAAAAUAACCAUUUUGAAACAAUGAUUUUCCCUUAAUACUUGAAAAUAAUUGAAACCCACUCUUAAAGUUUAAAAUCAUGAGUGCAACAACUUUUAACAACAGCUUUGACUAGCUUUUAAAUGGCUGUAAUGCCAAUGAAGUUUCGAAUUUAAACAAAAUUGUUUGGUUGUAUAUGGUUAUUUGUACGAUGUUGGCGGAAACUUAGCGGACUUUGUCUGUAGAUAUAGUCUAUAUAAAGCUCUAAACUUUAAAAGACUAAAUAUUUCCCUAUUUCAUUAAUAAAAAAUAUAAAAUGUAGGUAAAACAUAACAAAGUAGUAUUUAAAGAAUAUUAUAUAAAUUUUAUCAAAUUCCCGUAUACCUAUUAUAUUAUAAGAGAUGUUAUUGAUUACAAAAUAAAUAAUUUAAUCAAUACAUUAGAAGAUAAUAACUCUUAAUUAUAUUUAACGUCCUUUCGAGAAAUUGAUAAUAAUAAUUGUUAUAGAAUAACUUUUUAUUCUAAAACCAAUUUAUAAAUAUAUUUACUAAUUAAUGACAUUAAUUGUGGAUUAAAUUAUAUUAAAAAAUUGAACAUAACACCAGAAUGGAGAGAGCUACGGUGAGAAACGAUUAGAAAGAGCUAAGAUAAUACGAUAGUUAAAAAAGAAAGUUCAAAACAUAGCAUAUUAAAUAUUUGAUAAAUAAUAAUUUUAAAUUCAUUUUGUUCACAAAUGCCUAACAUUUGAAUAAAAAAACGCAAUAAAACAUUGUAUUUUAUCAUCAACGGUGGUUUUUAUAAUAACGAAAAAUUUUAUAAUAAUGAUACUCAAAAAUAUAUCCAUAAAACUAAAAAUGUUUUUAUCAUCACGUUGAUAUAUAUAUUUGCAAAAUCACUGGAAUAAAUUCAUAAAUAAUGUCAUUAAUUAUCACUGUUGUGUAAUCUGUAUUGGUGUCGCAAAUUUGUAUAGACUUGCUAACUUCGGUGUGAUCUAUAACAAUAAUCGUUGUGUAAAUUUUCAAAUACUAUUCUGAAUGUGUAAGCUUGAUCUCUGUUACUGUAUCGUCUGCAGCAGUUGUUUUGUUUGUUUACUGUCUUCUUUUAUCGUGUGUCACAUUAUUUAUGACAGAGAGAGAGAGAACAAUAAAUAGGUCUUUAUAUAACCUGUAUUGUUAAGUUUGAGAUGUCCAAGACUUUUACGCACAUGCAUCGAAAAAAAUCGAAAAUGCACGGUUUGGUUUUAUCUAUACGAUACACAAUAUCUAAACCAAAAAAAUAUAUUAUAUUGCUCCAAAGCUUUAUAUUUCUCAAGAUUUACGAAUAUAAAAAUGAAUUUUAUUCUGAUCAUUCAAAACACCUGCUGUAAAUAAAUAUAUACAGUGACAUGUAACAUAACUGAUAACGCUGUCAAUUUUUUAACUCAGACUUGUAAAACUAAUCGUGUUAGAUAAUAAUUUAAGUGCGAAUCGCGUAUUUUGCUUAUUUGCUCAAUAAAUUACUUUGGAAUUCCUAAUUAGUUUAAAGUUAAGCUAAAUUUACGUUCCUCUUGCGUCAAGUACUUAGUUUAGUUAGUUAUGCCAAAUACUUAAUUAAUAUUGAAAAAAAAUACCUCAAGGGUAUACGUCUUUUGAAACUAAAUAUGGAUGAUAAUUUUAAGUUGCUUUUUAUUGAUACAAGCAACAUUUGUAUAAGCUCUAGGUUUAGAAGUUUUAGAUUGAAUUAAUAAGAAUUGUAUCACUGCUUAAAUAAAAAUCAUUUUAAAUUGCUUUAUGUUACAAAUUUUUUAACUUCUUUUAAAUGAAUUACAAUGUUCAUUCUACUUUGGAUAUUUCUUUUUAUAUUUAUGUUAGAUUGUAUAUUUAAUAUUUAUUUAUUUUACAUAUUCUGAUUUUCUAUAUUUAUUUAUUCAAGUACUAUAAAUUUUACAGUUACUAAAAAAAGUUAUGGCAAAGAAAUAUUAUCAUUAUUCUGUGGCCUAGAAACUUUACUGCCUGACAUAUCGGAUAAAAUAACAAUCACUACGCUAGCUAUUUUUCGUAAUAUGUAUCACGCUAGGCAUAUUUGAAAAUAAGUGACGUAAUAUAGACAAUAUUACGUUAAACGAAUUAGAGAGUAAAAUUAAGGACUUAACGUAAAAGAUACUAUAUUAUAAAAAUGUAAUGUGCUUAGCGAAUAAUGUUAUUUUGAUUUUAAUACACUAAACUUCUUACAGUAAUUUUAACUAGAGCCUCCAUAUUUGAAUACUGAUAUUUUAAACAUUAUUCUUGAAGUCUGCAACGAUUUUUAAAUUUCACAAUCUCAAUUUAUUUUAACUUUUAUUUCUUUCUUGAGAUUUCUAUUUCUUAUUUCUAAGAAGUAAAAGACAAAAGGUAUGAGAAUGUAGAAAGUACGAAUAAAAUAGAAAUGAUAAGCGAAUUAAAGGAAUUAGAUUGGAUAGUAGCCGUCCUUUUCUUUGGAAAAAUCAAUGAAUCUUCAAAGGGUUCUAAGAUACGACGCCAGAAAUCCGUCGAAAUCUGAUAACAUAAUGUACAGGGACUAAGACAAUAUCGUCGAGUUAGUGAAAAUCUUUAGGUUGUUGAAAAUAACUGGGCUAUGAGAACUUUAAUUAUUUUCAUUGAUUUAAUAAGUUUUGAUGUUAUUGCAAACGAUUGUAAUAUAGGGAAUGAAACACAUUGGUGAUUGAAUAUGUGGAUAUUACUGAAUGGCUGACGAACUAUUGGCUGACCAAAAGGUUUGCAAUUUCUUUUAUUAGCGAAACAAUUGUUUAAUCCCAUUUUGAUUUACGAUUAUUGCAAAACAGAAACCUUUAGAAUUUUGCAAGCUUUAUCAAAAACUGUCAUAAUCUGAAUAUACAAUUACCAUAUAAUUUUAAAAAUAGAUUAAAAAUUAUCAUGACUUUUAACUAAUUCUUAACGUGUGAGUGAGUUACCAAAAAAAGACAUUUUAAAGGCUUGUUAGAUAACCUUCUUUCCAGUAAGUUAGUGACAUUUUUGAUAACUUUACAAAUUUAUAUUCCGAAACCAUCAUCUUUAUCCUUUUAGAGAUUGUAUUUGUAUCGCGAGUUAUUCCGUUGUUGUAGUUGUAUCCCCUUUACUCCUAAAUGUUGACUACUUUUAAGAAAAUCUUGAAGCUCCUAAACUUCUGGUUGUAAGCCCAGAUCGAGUGUGAGUGAUUGUUGUGAAUCAGGAUGAUGCAGCGUUAGGGUAAAUUCUUCUUUAUUCUUUAAUAUGGUACACAGACUUAAUUAUUACCCAAAUUAUUGUAUCGAUUAAGUAAAUCUGGUUAUUUUACUUGAGUUUUAAACCAAUUUUUUAUUUCAAGCAACAGUUUUAUAGUAAAUGUGGAAUUCAAAAUUUCAUUAUCGUUGUUGUCUCUGCUAUAUAUGAGAAAUAUCAGUUAUGCUUUUGUAAUAAAUAAUUUGUUAUAAAAAAGUAUUUCAAGAUGCGAAAUUUCUGAGAUUCUUAAGAACUUGAAAACCCCAAAUAUAUAUAAUCACAUAUGUUUUCCUGAAUUUUGUUCCUAAAAUUUCAUUAUGAAUUUAGCUUGUAUUUCAUACUUGUAGGAAAAUGUUGAAAUUUCACAUUAGCUAAUUGUUGCUUCUUUUUUAAUUAUUUUCAACUAAGAGCUAACUCCUAGUUAACUAAAUUAAUUGAUAAACUUAAUCAAUUAUCUAAGUUACAUACAAAUAAAUGAUCACGUUAAUCAAUUGACUUAAUCAAUUUACAAGGGUUUUAUGUGGAUCAAUAAAUAACUUUUGAUAUCUAUACGAAAAGUGGUUUGUUGAAGAUUAAAUAUUUUUAGUGGUUUAGUUAAAUUAUGAUCAACAAUCAAUUGUAAAGAUUUAUUUUAUAUACGAAAAACAGUUGUUGUUUAAAAUUGACUUAAAUCAAUACAGUUAAAUUGGAACCAAUGCCACACGCUUUUCGAAUAAUUUAAUUUUUGUAUGAAAUUAUACCUACGUAUUCAUAGAUCUGCUUAAUACAGCACUUUAAUAAAUAAAAAAAGUAAAAAAACUUAAGCAUAUAAUACAUACGUAUCUAUUUCUACGUUUAAAGUUAAAUAUAUACGUAACGUUUUUCUCCUAUUCGUCAGAACUAUAUGUGUUUUAGAUAGAUGCUAUUAAAUACCUAUUAAGAAAAUAUAUUCCAAAAGUAUUGUCUGUGUGUGAAAUAUAGUAACUGUAACUACAUAAUGUCUUUAUUUAUUGUAAUUUAGAAUGUAGUAUUUUAGUAUAUGUGGCCUAAGAAGAAUACCAUAUUUAUAAAAUGGGUCGAUUAAAAUACGAAAUUUCAGAGUUUGAAAUUUCAAAUAAAUUACAGAGAAAAAUGUUAUAUGUCUUAAGAAAACAAUAAAAAAUAAUAAUAAAAAGAUAUCUUUUUCAAUUCAAAUAUAUCACAAAAUUAGGAUCAAAACCACUUGUAAGCUACUAAUAUAGGUUAAGCUUUCUAAGGAAAGGACGAAACAUAUAAACGUGUUUUCUUAGCAAGGGACAAAAUGUACUCGUAAAUUUUCCGUCGCUCAUAUCAUGUAUUAAUGUUAUAGCGAUGGUAAUUAAGGGAGAUAAAAAGUUUACUAGAGGAUUAAAGUUAUCAUGUAGUACUCAAGAAAUCAAAAAUAAUUCAUUUGUAAUAACUGCAUAUUACAGUCAAGCUACUAAAAUGUAGCAUGUUAGUUUUGAAACUUAAUCUAUAUUAUCUGUCUAUAAAUAUCCUUUAUCCUUUCAUUUAUUAUAAAUCUUAUAUAUUUGUUAACAAGCUAUAAAAUAAAUGUAUUUAUAAAUUCAUUUUCAUUAUUACUUUUUUAUAUUUAUGAGUGAAUUUAUGUUGAUCAUAAUAUAUCUUGAACAAAUUAAUUGAGAGUGUCCUAGGUCCUUUUAUAUAUUUUAUAAUAUCUUACUAACACAUUAUCUUUAAAUUAUUAUUUUUGUAUCUAAUACUUCUAAGAUUUUUAUUUCAAAAUAAAAAAUCAUUUAUUCAUAAUAAUAUAGCCUCUACUAAGUCAUUUAAAGUUAAUUUUGCUUUUGAGUUAAUCUGACUAUACCUGUGCUGUUAAAUUUCAUUUUCUAUUUUUUAAAAUGUGCCAUUUUUUAAUUUCAACAGCAGUAUCCGUAGUUGAUACAAUCAUGUAUUCUUAAUGUAUUAAAUAAAGCCUUGGUUUUAUAAUUGUAUCUUUACUUUAACGUAUCUUCUAGCAACACCAUGAUCAUAUUCACUGCGCACAUUAUUAGAUAUAAAUACGAAUUAAGCUAAUAGAUAAAACUUAAUUAGUUAUUAAUAAGCUGGCGUAUCAUCGAAUGUACGUAGAUGAUUGUUGUCUGUUAUUGUACCAUAUUAAUAUAAUAAUUAUUGUCUAGUUAUAUAUGUGAUAUUGUUAUUGGAGUCAUAGAUAUUUUAAACGCUAAUCUAUAGCCUUUUUCAAUUAGUAAGUAGCUUUUGACAUAUUCGUCAUGCUUGUAUGUAUGUGCAUUAUAAGUAAUUUUAUUCUUGCAGAUUAUUUUAUUGUUACUGCAAUCUGAAAUUAUUUUUUUUAUUUUAUCAAAGAAUUGUCAAUACUUCGUUUAUAUUAUAACUUACUCGUAUUUUGAUAAACUUUAGCGUUUUCAAAAUUACAAUUUAACAAAUUGAAAAAUUAUAUUCUCUGUUAUAAUGUUUUUUCUUUUAAAUUAUGCAAUUCUGUGUUCCUUUAUCUCUUAUUAGAUUUGUUGAAAUUUUAAUCAAUUUAUUAAUAUCUAUAUAAAUCUAAAUAUAUUGGUUCCUACAUACUUAUAUUUGUCAUGACAAGUUUGUCAAAAGUAACUGAUUACUGUUGACUUUUGUGUAAUAAUGUAAUUUUUCUUAAGUGUAAGCGUAAAAGGGAGAUUUUAAAGAUGUUAUGGAUAUAUUGCUGGAUGUGGGAUAUGUAUUAGUUGUAUGUGUGAUAAUGGGUAUAUUACGGCAAACAUUUUAGUAAUUUUUAAAUAAAAUUGUGAAUUUUUUUUAUGUGAAUCAUUUACGGGUCAGAAAAAUGAAGGAUAUAACUUGAAUACAAUUAGUUAUUAGGUAAUUAUUAAGUAUAGAAGCAGGUAUUUAUUAUGUUGCUAGUCUUCAUUUCUUAUCUCAAGUUAUUUCUUUACUUUUCGUCUCCUCUCAAAUUUGCUACAAUGGCGGACUUUUUGGGGAAAAGAAGUGAAAAUUAAACGAAGACCCCAGUUCCCAUUCAAACUCGGGCCCAAAAAUUAAUCAUAAGAUACAAAGCUGAAAAUUGGUCAGAAAUUCGAACAUACGAGUAAAAGGAGAUUUCAUGAGGCCAAAAAGAUCAAUUUUAGUCAGGGAUCCGUAAAAUAUUUUUUACAACUAAUUACUAACAAGUUAGCUCGAUGAGAAGAUCGACUUAUUUAUUUACGAAAAUUUUUGAUUUUGGUAUCUGAGUUACCAGGAAAUGAAAAUUUCUGAGCGUUGGAACGAGAUAAUGUACCACGCAAUUUGUAGGACACCGUGGCUGUUAAAUUGUAUAACUAUUGAUUACUCACGAAGAAUUAACUUGUUAGUACCUAAUAAAUUGUAAAAAAUGUUCUACGGAUCCCUGACUAUUUGAUCAAAUUAGCUAAAUUACUUGUUAUUCAUUCAUUUCAUUCAUGCAUUCACGCAACUUGAUCAGAUCUGUUUGACAUCAAAUUAAUUGCAUCUAUGUCAAACUGGUAGUUUUUCUAGGGAUCAAGCAUUAUUUUUUGUCAAAUUAUCAAAUCUCUAGUCAAACUAUGUUUCAAGAAGAAAUUAGUUAUUUAUAUUUGUGCAUCAUGGCCUUGUUUUUUGUUAUUCUGGUCAAACUAUAAGUUCAAUAAUGUAAAACAUACUUCCAUAAAAAUGUUUGCAAUCUUAUACUCUUAUCAAUACUCCAAUAUUAUGUGUAGUAAUAUAUUUAUGUAGAUUACAUAAAUAUAUGUCUAUCACUUUGUAUCGUAGUUAAAUAAAUUAGAAAACUAUUGAAUAAAAGCAGAAUUUUUAAGUAAGAUAAUAAUUUGUAUUAAGCAAUAAAAAUGAAUCAGAAGGCCGGAAAGAUUUUUAAUCCUAUCUACGAUACAAAAUAUAGAUGACCUACACAAAUGUUUUAAUAGUAUUUAAAUCUAUUUAUACAUAAUUAUGUAAUGAACAGUUUAUAGUUAAACGCAACAAAGCAAUGUAGUUAGAAAUAAACCUUCAAAGCUUUAUGUGAUCUAUAAUCAAUUGUUUGACAAACUAAUUAACAAAAUUAUUUAAAAACAGUAUUUUAAUUAGUUUGUCAAACAGUUACUAAAACUUCUGUUUCUUUUGAGCUAUUUUUAUAGAUAUUUUUCUGUAAUACAUCUACAAUUUUUAUUACAUGCAAAAAUGAGAAAAAGUGACUUACGCAAGUUUGACAUUAAAACUGUUUUCUCUAUUCGGAUAAUUUUAUAUUUUUAAAACUACAGUUAAACUUUUCAAAAUACAAGUUUUAUUUUGUUUUUUGAAAAAUAUUUUUUCACAAAGCGUUUUGUGAGUGACCAUAAUAUUAUAAAGUAGAGAAUGGCAUAGUCACCAUUUCUUAUUUUAACCGUAAAACUAUUUUAAUCUAUAUACUUCCGGUAUAUCAAAAUAUCUCACCUAAUUAUAGAAAUAAGUACAAUAAUUAUUGAAGCAAUAACGAAUAAUUUAAUUAUAAAUAAGACGUCUAGUAAAUAAUAAAAAUAUAAUGUAAUAAUUA